AUGAAGUUCACAGGGAGGCCCAUUCGAAUCGCAGGCAAGUCUCUGAGGCUGCAGUUAUGUCUAAGUGCUUCGGGCUCUGCUUCAGACAGACGUCAUGCUAUUGCUGAUUUCGCGCGUCAUUAUACAAAAGACCCUGUCGAUGUGAUUAUAGCAGAUUUUAUGAGCGAGUUUAAUAUGUCGACUGUUGCCGGCCGACGAGUGGAUCACGCUGAAAAUGCAAUGCCGGCGUAUGAUCUGUCUUUCCUUGAGGCUGUAGAGCCAGCUCUUGGUGAUUUAGCCAAAUAUGGCAUCAAAUUGGCUGUCAAUGCUGGAGUAGCCUAUAUCACUGGUGAUGAGGUAUUGCCUGCAGUCCAAGAGAUGUUAUCCAAGGGUCAAUCCAAGCUUCAAAACAUAUAUACCGAUGAACGACUAUCUGACUGGGCAUUUGAGCCUAUUUACGCUCAAUGCUAUCUCGGUGGCCUGGGAGUCGCAGCAGCUCUUGCGGAAGGUGCCGAUAUCGUUCUCUGUGGUCGUGUAUCAGAUGCAUCGCCUGUUAUUGGCGCUGCGUAUUGGUAUCAUGGCUGGCAGCGGAAUGAAUUGGAUAAACUUGCCAAUGCAUUUGUGGCAGGUCAUCUCAUUGAAUGCAGUAAUUAUGUUUGUGGUGGCAAUUUCACAGGAUUCAAAUCUCUGGAGAAUGGUGGUGAGGGGUGGACCAAUAUCGGGUAUCCCAUUGCUGAAAUUUCCGCUGAGGGAGAUGUCGUGAUCACCAAGCAAGCUGCGACAGAGGGUACUGUUACGGUAGAUACUUGUACUUCUCAGUUACUCUAUGAGAUUCAAGGUCCGUGGUACUAUAACUCAGAUGUGACAGCUAUCAUCGAUGGUAUUCACUUCGAGCAACGAGGCAUCAACCGGGUUGCUGUCCUAGGUGCUAGGUCAGCCCCUCCUCCUCCCACCACUAAGGUGGGUAUCACUGCUCGUGGCGGAUUUCAAGCUGAGGUGUGGUGGUUCUUGACUGGGCUCGAUAUUGAAGACAAAGCCCGGAUGCUUGAAACACAGAUUCGGCGACUGCUCGCUCCUUAUGCGAACAAAUACACAUCCUUGAACUUUGAUCUGCUUGGGUCUGGCUUGCCAGAUCCGCAUAGUCAGAACCGGGCUACCGUGCCCUUUCGGAUAGUCGCACAGGCUCGGCAUGCAGAUGAUCUGUCGCCUAGGAAGUUCAUCAAAGUCAUCUCUGACAACAUUAUGCAAGGCUAUCCUGGAGCUACCUUCCACUUAGAUCUGCGUCAAGGAUUUCCCAGAGCCAUCUUCGAAUAUUUUGUCACUCUUAUUCCCCAAGCAUCAGUACAGCAUCAGGUCCAUCUUCCUUGGAAACCAACGACACGCACUCAAGUUCUUGAUAUUGCACCUCCAUCACAUACUAAGACAUACCCUCCCCGUCAGCCUUCACAAGCGAUCACUCAUGUUGACAGGCCCAUCAAUCCCAAGAAGGACUUUGGCCCAACAAUCCGUGGCCCAUUGGGUUGGAUUGUCCAUGGUCGCUCCGGGGAUAAGGGCUCUGAUGCCAACUGUGGUCUCUGGGUCCGGCAUCGGGACGAGUACCUCUGGCUACGGAGUCUCUUGUCGAUUGAUACAGCCCGUCAGCUGUUAGGAGAUGAGGCCCAACACCGGCCACAACUGGCUAUCGAGCGCUUUGAACUACCAGGGCUACAGGCAGUGCACUUUCUCUUUCGCAAUCUUCUCGAUCGCGGGGUUGGAGUCACAACCACUGUGGACUUUUUGGGGAAGAAUGUGGCGGAAUAUCUUCGGUCACGGCAUGUUGAUCUCCCAACACAAUUCCUAAAUCGUGGUAAACUGUAG